UUUUGUGGAGCUGGCUUAGGUUGUGAUGCUUGGCCUCGAUGCAGCUGGAAAAACAACUAUAUUGUACAAGUUGCACAUCGGAGAAGUUUUAUCGACGGUCCCUACUAUUGGUUUUAAUGUGGAGAAAGUUCAAUAUAAGAAUGUGAUGUUCACGGUUUGGGAUGUCGGCGGACAGGAGAAACUAAGGCCGCUGUGGAGGCACUACUUCAAUAAUACAGAUGGAUUGAUCUACGUUGUCGACUCCUUGGACCGAGAGAGGAUCGGGAAAGCUAAACUUGAAUUUCAGACCAUCAUCAACGACCCGUUUAUGCUCAACAGCGUCAUCUUGGUGUUCGCCAACAAACAGGACAUGAAAGGAGCGAUGAACCCGAUGGAGGUAUGCGAAGGGUUAGGACUUUUCGACCUGAAGAACCGGAAAUGGCACAUACAAGGUACUUGUGCGCUUAGAGGAGACGGCCUCUACGAAGGCUUGGACUGGUUAGCCGGAACGCUCAAGGAGAUGAAAGCUGCCGGAUAUUCAUCGAUGGGCCCAUCAUCGUUCUAACGGCAUCGGAAACGAGAAUGGCAUCGUUUUCGGAUGCAUCAUCAGAGGGAUUGAAGGUUGGGAAGUCUAGUGUUGUAAUCAUAAGUU